GGUUGUAAAGGAGAAGCUGCUGCAAAAGGUUAUAAAGGCGAAGUUGCUGCAAAAAGUUAUAAAGGCGAAGUUGCUGCAAAAGGUUAUAAAGGAGAAGUUGCUGCAAAAGGUUAUAAAGGAGAAGUUGCUGCAAAAGGUUAUAUAGGAGAAGUUGCUGCAAAAGGUUAUAAAGGAGAAGUUGCUGCAAAAGGUUAUAAAGGAGAAGUUGCUGCAAAAGGUUAUAAAGGAGAAGUUGCUGCAAAAGGUUAUAAAGGAGAAGUUGUUGCAAAAGGUUAUAAAGGAGAAGUUGCUGCAAAAGGUGAUAUAGGAGAAGUUGAUGCAAAAGGUUAUAAAGGAGAAGUUGCUGCAAAAGGUGACAUAGGAGAAGUUGAUGCAAAAGGUUAUAAAGGAGAAGUUAAUGCAAAAGGUUAUAAAGGAGAAGUUGCUGUAAAAGGCUAUAAAGGAGAAGUUGCUGCAAAAGGUUAUAUAGGAGAGGUUUCAAAAGGUUAUAAAGGAGAAGGUUCGAAAGGUUAUAAAGACGAAGUUGCUGCAAAAGGUUAUAGAGGAGAAGUUGCUGCAAAAGGUGAUAUAGGAGAAGUUGAUGCAAAAGGUUAUAAAGGAGAAGUUGAUGCAAAAGGUUAUAAAGGAGAAGUUGCUGCAAAAGGUUAUAAAGGAGAAGUUGCUGCAAAAGGUUAUAAAGGAGAAGUAGCUGCAAAAGAUUAUAAAGGAGAAGUUGCUGCAAAAGGUGAUAUAGGAGAAGUUGAUGCAAAAGGUUAUAAAGGAGAAGUUGCAGCAAAAGGUUAUAGAGGAGAAGUUGCUGCAAAAGGUGAUAUAGGAGAAGUUGAUGCAAAAGGUUAUAAAGGAGAAGUUGAUGCAAAAGGUUAUAAAGGAGAAGUUGCAGCAAAAGGUUAUAAAGGAGAAGUUGCAGCAAAAGGAGAAGUUGCUGCAAAAGGUUAUAAAGGAGAAGUUGCAGCAAAAGGUUAUAAAGGAGAAGUUGCAGCAAAAGGUUACAAAGGCGAAGUUGAUGCAAAAGGUUAUAAAGGAGAAGUUGCUGCAAAAGGUUAUAAAGGAGAAGUUGCUGCAAAAGGUUAUAAAGGAGAAGUUGCUGCAAAAGGUUAUAAAGGAGAAGUUGCUGCAAAAGGUUAUAAAGGAGAAGUUGCUGCAAAAGGUUAUAAAGGAGAAGUUGCUGCAAAAGGUUAUAAAGGAGAAGUUGCUGCAAAAGGUUAUAAAGGAGAAGUUGCUGCAAAAGGUUAUAAAGGAGAAGUUGCUGCAAAAGGUUAUAAAGGAGAAGUUGCUGCAAAAGGUUAUAAAGGAGAAGUUGCUGCAAAAGGUUAUAAAGGAGAAGUUGCUGCAAAAGAUUAUAAAGGAGAAGUUGCAGCAAAAGGUUAUAGAGGAGAAGUUGCUGCAAAAGGUGAUAUAGGAGAAGUUGAUGCAAAAGGUUAUAAAGGAGAAGUUGCUGCAAAAGGUUAUAAAGGAGAAGUUGCUGCAAAAGGUUAUAUAGGAGAGGUUUCAAAAGGUUAUAAAGGAGAAGGUUCGAAAUGUUAUAAAGGCGAAGUUGCUGCAAAAGGUUAUAGAGGAGAAGUUGCUGCAAAAGUUGAUGCAAAAGGUUAUAAAGGAGAAGUUGCUGCAAAAGGUUAUAAAGGAGAAGUUGCUGCAAAAGGUUAUAAAGGAGAAGUUGCUGCAAAAGGUUAUAAAGGAGAAGUUGCUGCAAAAGGUUAUAAAGGAGAAGUUGCUGCAAAAGGGGAUAUAGGAGAAGUUGAUGCAAAAGGUUAUAAAGGAGAAGUUGCUGCAAAAGGUUAUAAAGGAGAAGUUGCUGCAAAAGGUUAUAUAGGAGAGGUUUCAAAAGGUUAUAAAGGAGAAGGUUCGAAAUGUUAUAAAGGCGAAGUUGCUGCAAAAGGUUAUAGAGGAGAAGUUGCUGCAAAAGGUGAUAUAGGAGAAGUUGAUACAAAAAGUUAUAAAGGAGAAUUUGAUGCAAAAGGUUAUUAA